AUGUCUACCAGCAACUAUAUUGCUCGACGCUAUGGAAUUCGGUCUGCAAUGCCCGGCUUCAUCGCCAAGAAACUUUGCCCUGAGCUUACAAUCGUGCCACCUGACUUCACCAAAUACACAUCCAUUAGCCGCCAGCUGCGCGCCAUUUUGGCAGAGUAUGCAGUCAUAGUCGAUGUUGAUGCCUUUGCUCCUGAACCCUCUGACGUAGGAUCCUUGUCAGCUACCAGGCCUUCGCCAGUACCACUAAAUGAAUUUGACUCUUACUCUGAAUCAGACAUACGACUAGAGCCAUCUUUUGUUUUUAAUUCUGAAAGUGAUAAUACUUCGGAUACGAUCGACUCCUUGACUUCUGCCCAAAUUUCUAAGCCUCCUACCGCUCCAAUUUCUUCGAAAAUUCCAUAUUUAUGUCAGCUUUCCAUCCCGUCAGCUCAAGGAGAUGACAAGAGGGAGUCAUCGCUCUCAUUCGAGCAACCCACUGUAGAUACUAAAGUAAUGGAUUCAAUAGCGGCUGCCUCUUCUACAGAAGUGGUAGCUAUGGCUACUGCUGGGCUCGAUGAGGUCUACCUCGACAUAUCUGGGCACCUGUCGCUCCGGGCUCACUGGCCUGCGUCUAAGCGCACCUACUGGCCAAAAGAUCACGAAACUGGAAAAUCUCUCGUUUGCCGGUGGAUUACUACGAUUCAUUCAAUGAAAAAGGGACAACAGAUAUGCAUGCCUAAGAACCUGUACAUUAUCCUUAGAACUUGA